GCGGACGGUUGAGCGGACAUGUCGUGGAUUUCGGGGCGCAGGGGUCAAGUUCGCAGCGGCUCCACAAGAUGGCGCCUGUGUCGCAGUAAUGACGGCCCGACGGAAACAAACUCUCAGAGUGUUGAGGAGGAAGUGAUGACUCGUGACUCUGAAUCAAACACUUUCACUUCUAAUCUUACCAUCGACUUGGACAAGCGACGGAACAUCAGACGAAUUACAGCUCAAAUAAAGGGUUGGUUGCCAGCUUGCGUCCCUGGUGAAGUUGUGCAGGAGACGUGGAAACUUCUUCUUCUGUUGUCUUAAUGCAGCAGCUGGUCUCUGAUGUGACAUCAUGGCAGCUGCAGCACCAGACAAUCUGCAUCCCCUGAAGCGCAGUCGGAGCUUCUGUUACCUGCCACCUGAUUUGUCUGAGCUGAGGGUGGUUCUGCUGGGGAACAGCUGGUCUCAGAGGAGUUCAGUGGGGAACUUCAUACUGGGAACAACUGAGUUCAACACUGAGGCAGAACCAGACCGCUGUCUGUCAGUCAGAGGAUGGUUAAAGAAGGAACACAUAGUUCUGAUCAACACCCAAGAUCUGCUGCUUCCCAGCAUGUCUGAAAACAGACUGACAGAACAUGUAGAAACCUGUGAGAGACUCUCUGAUCCUGGACCUCAUGUGUUCCUGCUGGUUCUACAGCCUGAAGACUUCACUGAGGAACACAAACUAAAGCUCUGCAGAGUCCUGAACCUCUUCAGUGAUCGAUCAUUUGAUCAUUCACUGGUUCUGAUAUCAACACCCAGAGAGGAGAGUCCAGGUUCCAUGGAAAAAUACAUGGAGCAUCCGCCUCUGAAAGACAUGAUCAGAAUGUGUAGAUACAGGUUUCUGUGGCAGAAGACCGUUGACCUUCCAGAGAUGAUGACACGUUUGGGUCAAAUCGUAAAGGAGAAUAAUGGAGAUCACGUCAGCUGUGAUGUGUUUGUGGACGCAACAUCGACUUUACCAGCUGAUCCUCAAAGCCACAAACAAAAGGAAACACAGAUGGCUAUCACAGAUGCUGUUAAAGCUGCCAGGCUGUUUGUGUUUAACAAAAUCCCUUCACAAGUCCCACUCUCAUGGACGGCUCCUAUGACACACACAUCUGGAUUCAGGAUUGUGCUGCUGGGAAAAAGUGAAGACAAACAGACAAGACUUGGUAACUUCAUCAUCAGGGACCAAGCUUUUUAUAACCAAACAAUUUCCCCAACUAAGAUCAUGUCUGGACAGUGGAGAGGACAACCAUUACAAGUGGUGAAGACUCCAAACAUCUUCAGUCGGUCUGUGGAAGCUGUCAGAGAAAAGAUGAAGAGGUGUGUGAGUCUUUGUCCUCCUGGACCAAAUGUUCUCCUGCUGUUAGUGAAACCUUCUGAUUUCACAGAGAAGAACAGAGAAACUCUGAAGUUCAUCUUGAGAUUUUUUGGUCAAGAUGCUUUAAAACACUCGAUGGUCAUCGUCACACAUGAGGGGAAUGAAAUGACUCUCCCUGUUAAUGAACUCCUUAAAGACUGUGGAGGAAGACACUACAACAUGUCUGAAAACAACCACUGGUUAUUGAUGCAGAAAAUUAGGAGCAUUGUCCAUGAAAACAGAGGAGCCUUCCUCACCUGCAGUGAAGAGACCAUCAGACCAAUGUGCGAAGACACCAGAGCAGCUUUAAACCUGGUUCUGUGUGGGAGGAGAGGAGCAGGGAAGACUUCAGCAGCUGAGGCCAUUUUAGGUCAGACAGAGUUUCCUUCAGUCUCCAAGUCAUCAGAGUGUGUUCAGAGUCAGGGAGAGGUGUGUGGACGUUGGGUUUCCCUGGUGGAGCUGCCUGCCUUGUGUGGAAAACCUCUGGAGGAAGUGAUGAAGGAAUCACUCAGGUGUAUCUCCCUCUGUGAUCCUGAGGGCGUCCAUGCCUUCAUCCUGGUCCUACCUGUGGAUCCCCUCACUGAUGAAGACAAGAGUGAGUUUAAGACCAUUCAGAACACAUUCAGCUCUCGAGUCAAUGACUUCACCAUGAUUCUGUUCACUGUGGAGUCAGAUCCUACAGCUCCAGCUGUUGGUAACUUUGUAAAAGGAAACAGAGACAUCCAGGAGCUGCUUCAGAGCUGUGGAGGAAGACAUGUUGUUCUCAACAUCAACAACAUGCAGCAAAUCUCUGAGAUGUUGGAUUCUGUUGAAAAAAUGAGAGCUGAAGGAUCCAGAAGCUUCACAAAGGACCUGUUCACUAAAGCUCUGAUGGAGAAGGUUGUAAAGCAGCAGAACAUGAAUGCAGAACUUGAAUCUGAGCUGCAGGAUGUGAAAAGGAAGCGUGAAGAUUUAGGUGAUGAUGAACAUCAGAGCAGAGAGUAUCUCAGGAUGGUGCUGAUUGGGCGGACUGGCAGUGGGAAGAGUGCAACUGGAAAUACGAUUCUGGGCAAAGAACAUUUUGUAUCUAAAGCUUGCUCAAGUUCUGUGACCAGGUUCUGUGAGAAAGCAUCAGGAGAGGUUGAUGGACGACCUGUCGUUGUUGUCGACACCCCCGGCUUGUUUGACACGACUCUGUCCAAUGAUGAUGUUCAACAGGAACUUCUAAAAUGCAUCAGCAUGUUGUCUCCUGGACCUCAUGUCUUCUUACUGGUGCUGCAGAUCGGUCGAUAUACACAGGAGGAGAAAGACUCUGUGGAACUGAUCAAGAAAUGCUUCGGCAAGAAUUCGGGAGAUUUCAUCAUCGUUGUCUUCACCAGAGGAGAUGAACUGAAAAAGCGAACCAUUGAGAGUUAUGUAGAAGACGACCGGGACGGCUUUCUGACAAAACUGAUAAGUGACUGUGGAGGACGAUACCUCGUCUUCAACAAUGAGGAUCAGACAGAUCGCACACAAGUCAGAGAGUUGAUGACAAAGUCAGACAAAAUGUUGAGGGAAAAUGGCGGCAGCUGCUACACCUCAGAGAUGUUCCAGGAGGCCGAGACAGCGAUACAGAAGGAAGUGGAGAGGAUCCUGAAGGAGAAAGAAGACGAAAUGGAGAGACAGAAGGAAGAACUUCAAAGAAAACAUGAGGAGGAAAUUAAAGCGAUGAAGAGAAGGAUGGAAGAACAGACGGCAGAAAUCAAACGGGAGAGAAAACUGAGAGCUGAACAUCUUCAAGAAAUGGAGGAAAACAUCAACAGGGAGCGAGAGCAGAGAAGGAAAGAACAGGAAAUGAGAGAAGAAGACAGAAAGAAGAAAAGGCAGGAAGAACAAGAGUGGGAACAGACCAGAGAAGAGAUGAGGAAGCAACGAGCAGACUGGGAGAAGGAAAGAAAACAAUGGUGGGACAAACGAUGUCAAGAAAAUGAACAGAAACGACAGGAAAGGGAAUUAAAAAUUAAAAAGCUCCAAGAAGAAUUUGACCAGGAAAGAGAAAAAUAUGAGAACAAAAGAAAAGAAGAAGAUCGAAUCAGAAGAGAGCAGGAGGAGAGGGAGCGCAGAGAGUUAGAGGAAAAGUAUAAGAGAGAAAUAGAGGAAAUGAAGAAGAAGUAUGAAGAUGAGGCCAGAAAACAAGCUGAAGAAUUCAAUGAGUUCAGAAAGAGAUACACCAAAGACUUCACAGCUCUGGUGGAGAAACACAUGGAGGAAAUCCAGGAAAUGAAGCAAAAACAUGAGAGACAAAUGACAGAGACAGAAAAGAGGUUUGACAGAGAGCACAGUCUGUUAAAAGACCUCUCAGGAGUCAAAGAAAAACAUCUGAAAGAACAACUGGAGGAGCUGAAGAAGAAACAUGACCAAGAAAUUAUUGACCUAAAACAGAAAUACAAAGACAAAUGUGUCAUCCUGUGAUCUCCACAAAGACUGAACUCGUCAUCGUCAUGAACUUUUUAUGGAACUUCAGCAUCACGGGUGACUGGGCCCUUACACUCAGACUGUUUACGGAUGUUUCGUUUUUUCUGUCUCACAUCAAUGAACAAUGUCUUUUGCUGAACCACAGAGGUGGUUCAGUUUGGAUGCUUUUGACUGAGGGACAAUGUUGAACAGCACAAGAACACAAGUUAAUUUACUGGACUUUUUCUGUUGCCUGAGUUUGGGGUGGCGGCAUUUAGUCUUUUUCAGAUGAGUCACCAACGGGUUUAAGUUUUCAAAGAGCACCACCAAUUCCAAUAUACUCCAAUCAGGCAUAACAUAAUGACCACCUGCCUAAAAUUGUGUUGGUUCCUAUUUUGCUGCCAGAACAGCGCUGACCACUAGACCCCUGAAGGAGUGCUGUGGUAACUGGCACCAAGAUGUCAGCAGCAGAUCCUUUAAAACCUGUAAUUUGUGAGGUGGGGAGUCCAUGGAUCGGACUUGUUUGUCCAUCACAUCCCACAGAUGCUCUGUUGGAUUGAGAUCUGGGGAAUUUGGAGGCCGAGUCAACACCUCAAACUCAUUGUUGAGCUCGUCAAACCAUCCUGAACCAUUUGUGCUUUGUGGCACAUUAUGCUGCUGAAAGAGGCCACAGCCAUCAGGGAGUUUCCAUGAGAGGGUGUUCAUGGUCUGCAACACUGCUGAGGUAGGUGGUACGUGUCAGUAACAUCCACAUGGAUGGCAGGACCCGAGGUUCCCCAGCAGAGCAUCGCCCAAAGCAUCGCACUGCCUCCACCGGCUUGCCUUCUUCCCAUAGUGCAUCCUGGUGCCAUGUGUUCCACACACACACACCUGGCCAUCCACGUGAUGUAAAGGACAACGUGAUUCAUCAGACCAGCCUACCUUCUUCCAUUGCUCCUGUGGACAGGGGUCUGUAUGGGCUCCCGACUGGUCUGUGGCUAUGCAGCCCCAUACACAACAAACUGCAAUGCACUUUGUAUUCUGACACCUUUCAUCAGAACCAGCAUUAACUUCCUCAGCAAUUUGAGUAACAGUAACUCAUGUGUCGGAUCAGACCACACGAGCCAGCCUUUGUUCCCCACAUGCAUCAGUGAGCCUUGGCCACCCAUGACCCUGUCACCGGUUCACCACUGUUCCUUCCUUGGACCACUUCUGAUAGAUACUGACCACUGCAGACCAGGAACACCCCACAAGAGCUGCAGUUUUGAAGAUGUUCUGACCCAGUCAUCUAGCCAUCACAAGUAGGCCCCUGUCAGCCUCACUGAAAUCCUUACGCUUCCCCAUUUUUCCUGCUUCUUACACAUCAACUUUGAGGACAACAUGUCUAUUUGCUGCUUGAUGUAUCCCACUAACAGGUGUCAUGAUGAAGAGAUGAUCAGUGUUAUUCACUUCAGCUGGUAGUGGUCAUAAUGUUAAGCCUGACCGGUGUAUAUUGUCAAAAGAGAUGAGAUCUGUACACACUGGCCAUACCAUCGGCAAGUAAAAGGACAGUAUGCCUAGUUCUAACAAGUGAUUUGGAAAUAUGUAAGAGCGCUGCUAUCAGCGUACUGUAUCAAUAAUCAAAUGAGUAAGGGUUAGGGAGGGACUUCAAGAGCUUCACAGUUGGAUCCAAGGAUUACAGAGCACAAGGAGGAUUAACCAUUUCUACUAACUGUGGAUUAUAAUUCGGACAUUGGAGUUCUUUUGUUCACAACGCUGACAGGAAGUUUGGACAUUCAGCAGGAAGGGAAAGGCAUACUGGAAGGCUUGACCCUCUUGACUCUCUCCUUUAGAUUAAUUUUCAUUUAGAUUUUUUUAAGUUUGAGCUGUAUGCUUUUCCCCUUGCUAAAACUCUGUAAUAAACAUUCAACUAUAGUUAAAGUAG